AAUUAAUUCAAUGCCAGGCUGCUCCACGCUACGUUGGCGAGCAGGGACCUUGCCGUCAGGACCGGCGACCUGCGUCACGUUAGAAAAGCUCCCAAACUGCCUGAUAUGUGUUUCUUAAUCUCUUUUCUCCCUCCUUCCCCCAUACUGAAUCGACGAAAUACUUGACGACAAGAUGAGAGGAGCGGGCUUUCUUCUUGUGUUGCUGUCAAUUGUUUCUGGUACUGUGGCCCAAAACUCGUCACUGUCUGCGGCCAUUGCGACUUUGCCCCCUUGUGCAGUACAAUGUUUGAAAACCUCACUUGCAGAUUCCUCAUGCCAGCCCACCGAUCAAGCAUGUAUCUGCACUGACACAAAGCUCCUCGGCUCAGUGGAAGCAUGUGUUCUACAGGCUUGUACUAUCAAGCAAGGACUGGCGACCAAGAACACCACAAUGACAACUUGCGGGGCUCCAAUCCGUAAUAGAGGUCCUCUCUUCAAGCGAAUCAACAUCACAUUCGGCGUCCUCUCCAGUUUCUUCGUCAUGUCCCGGUUGGCUUACAAGUCCUUCGUCACGAUCUCCGAGCUUGGACUGGACGAUUACUUUAUUCUCGCAACACUUAUCGCCGGUGUUCCUCAAACAAUCAUCAGUGAUAGAGGACUGCUGCCGAACGGUAUCGGAAGGGACAUCUGGACAUUGAAGGUUUCUCAAAUCACUGACUUUUUGAUGUAUUUCUACAUCAUGGAAGUCAUGUAUUUCGCCAUUGUUGCGAUUCUCAAAAUGUCGCUGCUAUUCUUCUACCGUCGAAUUUUUCCUGGAGUCGCCGUCAGGAAGGUCAUCUUGGCCACGAUCAUAUUCAACGCAUUGUAUGGCAUCACGUUCGUCAUUGCUGCCCUCAGUCAAUGUCAACCACUGAGCUACUAUUGGACCAACUGGGAUGGAGAACACGAGGGCACCUGCAUCAACAUCAAUGCUCUAGGAUGGGCAAAUGCUGCUGUUAGCAUAGCUCUGGAUAUCUGGAUGUUGGCGAUACCCCUAUCCCAACUAAUACAUCUCAAACUAGCUUGGAGGAAGAAGAUUGGUGUCGCAGCCAUGUUCUGUGUAGGAUUCUUCGUUACGAUCGUUUCCGCGCUUCGACUUCAGUCUCUCAUCCACUUCGGAAAGUCGAUGAACCCCACCUGGGAUCAAUGGGAUGUCAUCAACUGGUCUACGAUCGAAAUCAACGUUGGAAUCAUGUGCGCCUGCAUGCCUGCCAUGCGAGUCAUUCUUGUGAGGUUUUUCCCCAAGGUUUUCGGCACCACGGACAACAGAUCGAAUCAGUACUAUGCGAAAUAUGGCAGUCGGAGUGGAGCACCCGGGAAAGGCACCGCACCGUCGAAUGGCGGGCUGUCAAGCGCUCUGGGCCGCGACAAGAAUGGAAGGGACAAGCACACGAUCACAUUCACGAAGACCUUCGAAGUGUCACAUGCUGAUAAAGACGGCGAUGAGAUCGGUCUGGUCUCGCUGGAUGGCGACAGUGGGAAGGCCAAACCUAAGAGCGGUAGUUCUAGUUCAGUGAGCUUGUAGAAUAUGUAUGCAUAACGAAUUUCCUGAUCUUCA